GACGAGCAAAGCGGAGGACCUGCAGACCGACCUCGCGACAGUCUUCUGGCGUUCUUUGUGACGCUGGGCUGGGCGUGUUGCCUAGGAGACAGACGGGAGAGUGGGCGGGGCGUGCAGGCGGUGGGCCUAGCAAUGGUCCUUCCGGCUGUUUGGCGCGUUUCCGUGGAGACGGGCGGAUACGCUUUGCUGCAGCCCACCCAACUUUUCCGAGACGUCUGGGAACCGCGCGAGUCCUUCGAGGUACAGAAUCAGUCGCGGGAUCCCCCUAAGCCCAGAACUGCCCAUUGUUCCUCGAGGAGAAGCCGUUGCUACCGAGAUCCGGAAUCAUGAAGGGCCUUCUCUUUCUUGGAGAAGGUCGUCCGCGGCUCCGCCCUGCAGUUGCUUCCUAAAAGAUUUCCUGGGUGCUGAGGGAAGGAGGGUUCAGUGGGCACAGCCUAGCAGAAAGAUGCAAGCUUAACAUAUCACGAACUGUCAACCUUCACCUUGAUGACUUCACCUUGGGGUGCCUUCCCCGUUCAGUUCCCGCAGCCUUCAAUCAGUGGCCUCUCACAGAUCACCAAGAGCCUGUUUAUCAGCAAUGGUGUGGCUGCCAACAACAAGCUCCUGCUGUCCAGCAAUCAGAUCACCACAGUCAUCAACGUCUCAGUAGAGGUAGCAAACACCUUCUAUGAGGAUAUUGAGUAUGUGCAGGUGCCUGUGGUCGAUGUGCCCAUUGCACGCCUCUCUGAUUUCUUCGACCCCAUUGCCGACCAUAUCCAUUCAGUGGAGAUGAAGCAGGGCCGCACACUGCUGCAUUGUGCUGCUGGAGUGAGCCGCUCAGCUGCCCUGUGCCUCGCCUACCUCAUGAAGUACCAUGCCAUGUCCCUUCUAGAUGCCCACACUUGGACCAAAUCACGCAGGCCCAUCAUCCGGCCCAACAGUGGCUUUUGGGAGCAGCUCAUCCAUUAUGAGUUCCAGUUGUUUGGCAAGAAUACAAUGCAAAUGAUUAACUCUCCAAUGGGACUGAUCCCAGACAUCUACGAGAAGGAGACCCAUUUGAUGAUUCCACUGUAAGCCAGCCCACCAGCUUCUGUACUGGGGUCAGCUAUACAGCUCUGCCAUUAGCAAACGGUACACCAAGGUCUAAACUUGAACAUUCUACUUUUGUUGCUACACGAGCACACCGGAUGGUGCUUUUCAUAAGGGCAGGAAAAAAGGUAUUGCUAUAACAUUUAACCUCAUGAUCCAGCCAGGUUUGGCGGCACAUGCCUGUAACCUCAGCUUGCUGAAGCAGGAAGAUUACAAGGUGAGUUUGAGGCCACCCUAGGCUAUAUGUGAGACCCUGUCACAGAAACAGCAACAAAACUCCCCGACAAUUACUAUCUUGUCAUCUGUGUUUUUAGAGAUUAAAUUCAUUUCUUAUAAUAUAGUGAAGGUAACUUUUCUGUGAGUGGUAGGUUGCCGGGGAUGGGGCGGAGCUGGCGAGUGGCGCUAGGUCAGAGAAACCAAUACCCAAGCGCAUAUGGGCUUAGGUUCCUGCAGCCCUUCCUAAGAUGACCAACCCAGAGUUGGAUCUACCAAAAUCCCACCUUGUUCAUUCAGAGGCAGAGCCUUAAACAUCCUGCUGCUCUCCGAUAUCUCACAGUAAGUGCCAGCCUACUAUGUUAAUAGAGGCCUUCAAGCAGGGUUCCAGAGGCUGCCCCUUCUACCUUUACCACAGUGACCCAGUUCUGGUCUUCUAGAUGAGAUUUACACAGUGUUUGGAUCACAGUGGUGCCCAGAUCAGCAAUCCUACCUAUACACAGGCCUUUGUUUAUCCAUGUUUUCAGAAGCCUCCAUGUGAGAGAGAAGAAAUGGCUUGAUCUCUGCUAGGCCUCAUCCAAGAAGCCUUUUCCAGAGCUUUUACUUUACAACUUAGGAAUCCUAACACAAGGCCUCAUGCAGAAUUGCAGACCAUGAGAUCCAGGGUCCCAGGCUGGCGGACUUUUGAGCUAUGAGGACAGAGGUCAGAAUAAGUGAGUUGUCCUCUAGCAGGCCUGAGAUUCAGGGCUGCUCAGAAGCCCUUGGUGUCAGGGUCUGAGUCUAGAAAACGUGGUUUGGUUUGGUUUAGUUUAAGCUGUGAUCCCAGGUAGCCAGGCUGUGUAGUCUUGAGCGCUGUCUCCUUGCCUGUACUUUAGGAAUGCUGAGCUCACAGGUAUGUGCCUCCUUGCCCAGCCAAGACCAGUGCUGCAGUGUGCUUCUUAUGGUAUAACACUCGCCAAAAGCAGCUUGGGGGAGAAAGGAUUUAUUUGACUUACAUGUAACACUCUGUCAUGAAUAAAUGUGGCUUGUUCCCCAUGGCUUGCUCAGUGCCACGUGCCCAGGUAGCACAACCACAGUGGACUAGGCUCUCUCACAUCAAAAAGCCCAUCUCAGUGGAGGGUCCCUUGUCCCAGUUUGUUACACUGACAAACACUAACAGUCUAAUCUAGAGCUUUUCAGAGCGUUUACGAGGCAAACAGCCUGACUGCCCUGUUGGGUUUGCUGUGGUGCUAUGCAUCCCAAGAGCUGUAGGCACUAUAGUCAUCUCCAUGUGUGAGUUGGGUUUUCUGCAGGUACAGAACUGGUAGGGUGAAAAGGAUUUAUUAAUUUAAUGUAUGGUGAAAUAGUAACCAAGUUAUCUUAUACCUGAGAGGCUGAGAGCCCAGCCGUUGCUUAACCAUGGAGGCUAGGUGCUCACCAGUGGAAGCAGCCCCCCAGUGGCUGUCUCUCACUAGAGAGGCUCACAGCCCAGGAGCUGCUUGGUCCAUGAGGCUGGGACAUCAGCAAUCCUAACCUGGCAGCAAAAACCUGAGUGUUCCUGCAGGGUCACUCAUCCUUAGUUCAGAGAAGCCUGGAAACGCCGGUUUUGAUGCCAGUGGAGAGGCUAAGUCACUUCAGCGGCAAGCAGCAAGGCCGAGAGUGCAGGUGAAUGAUCUUCAGGCCUUCAGGCCUUCAGGCCCUCCUUACCUGAGCUGCUUCCUGGUGUCUUCCCACCCAUUAAAGGCACCCGGGAUGAUUCUCCUGGUGUGGCUUUCUACCGGUGAUUCUGAUUUGUGACAAGUUGACUUUAAGCAAACCACUUACCUGAGCUCUGUUUUUCACAAAGGGACUGCCCAGGAGGGUUGGCAUGAGGCAGGCAGGAGAGGAGGAAGCUAACCGCUGCUCUAGACUAAUGUCAUCCUUCAGCGGGAGCAACCCCACCCUACCCACCUCACACAGCUGUCAGGUGUGGCUAAGCCCCUGGCCCCUCACCUCUCAGAAGAAGCAGGUCCCGUAUCCAACAGGCAGUGUGACAGAGCCCCUGCCAUGCAACUCUCCUUGUAGAAACACAGAAUUUUUUUUAAAGAACUUUAUUCAAGUCUUUUAGUCACUAAAAGAAAACAUUUGGAGGUGGAGAGAUGGCUCAGUGAUUAUGAACACUUAACUGUUCUUGCAGAGGACCUAGGUUUGAUUCCUAGUACCCACAUGGUGGCUCACAACUGUCUAUGGCUCUAGUGCCAAGGCAUCUGUUGCCCUUUUCUGGUCUCCUGGAGCACCAGGCACACAUCAAGUCUACAUGCAUACAUGUGGGGAAAACACUCAUCUACAGAACAUAAAAUAAAUCUUAAAGAAAAAAAUUCUAAAUUAGCACAUACAGUUAACUCAGACUCACAAUUCUCUGGGUCUUCCCACCCUAAUGGGACUCAAACCUAAGGCCUCACACAUGCUAGGCAGAUGCUCUUCCACUAAGCUAAUCCCCAGUCCAGUUCUUUGAGAUUAGUUUUGCGUCAGGGUCUCCCUAUGUAACUCUGGCUGCCCUGUAACUUGAUAUGUAGUCUAGGCUAGCUUCCAACUCAGAUCAGCCUGCCUCUGCCUGUGCACAGAUUCACAUAUUUAUCACAAAUCAGGACUCCAGCAGUUCUACUGCCCAAAAGAUCCUGUCCUGGGUCCCUUUUGUGGUCAGACCCCAACCCAACCCUAGUGCAGCCUCUGAUAAGCUCGUACCUGUGUGUAUCCUAUGGGUUUGCUGCUGCUCCGUGUGGCCUGGAGCACACCUUUCCCACAGCCGCUCGCCUUUGCUCUACGGUGAUGUGCGUGGCUGUGCCACACUGGAUUCAAUGAAGCAUACUUGAGUUGUCGGGUUUAGGGGGUUAUAGAUAAGAUCCCUAUAAACAAGUGUAUACAGGUCACUGUAUGUGUGAAUGUCAGUUUUCAUUUCUCUAGGGUGUGUACUAUGGGAUGAGAGAUUAGUCAUACAAUGAUGGUGUGUGUAAUCAUUUAACCUUUUAAAAUGCUAACCUUGCCUUCUCACCAGACUUGAACACUGGUCAUACCCGCCCCGCAUAUCUUCUCUCAUCCCCUCCCAUGUUUUCUGAGCACCUUUUCCCAGUAAGUCACACCUACCCCACCCUCAUGCUCAUUUCUGUGUUCAUAUCUUUAAAAACUGGGCUAGCAUAAAAGUUAGGCAUGCGGUUACAGCAGCCUCGCACAUGGCGUCACUGUUCUCCGGUGUCCCCCUCCUGAUCCAUAUUGUUAUUUAUUUUUUAAACUAUAUUUUUGGGAAAUACACAUUUAUAGGAUCUGUUUGCUCAUCUCCACUUGCCAGUUCCUCCUAGUGCCCUCCUCCUGCCUCCCUCCAACAUGUCCACCUUUCUUUGUUCUUAAUAUCAAUAACCCUGAAUCCAGUUAGAGCUGCCUGUCUGCUCCUGGUGUGGUAUCAUCUGCUACAGCGUGGGCACCUUACCAAAGGAGGGUGACCUACCUCCCUCCACAGCCAUCAUUGCCAGUAGUUCCUCCUCCAAGGGCAGGUGGGUAGGUAUGUAGCACCCGUGGCAUGUUGACAUGACAACAGCCAGCCUCCCCCUCCCCCUCCCCCUCCCCCUCCGCUCCUACACUCUUCCCACUCGGGGACAUGAAAAGGAACAGGAAGCUGGUUGAGCCUCCUGCAGAAUUCCAGCACAAUUAGCACUUGUGGUAAAGAUUGCCAGCUAGGAGUUACACUUUUUAUUUAUAGAUAUUUUGUGUUAAAAUAAUAGUGAACCAUGCUUAAAGCCUAAACUUAUUCAAGUGUGACCUUACUCCUAAAUAGUUUUGGGGAACUUCAAAAUAAGACUAAACCUUUUUUUUUUUUUCAAUAAAAAUGUCUUACUUUCCCCUGUAAACCUGUGACCUAUGGCUUUCUUUACCUUAGCUGUGAUCCUAUCCAAUGCAUAGAAACUAGCCAUGAUCACAUUAGGCUAAGUUCCAAAGCCACCGGAAACAUAUGUACAUAUGUAUAUAUGCAUGUAUGUACGUAUGUGUGUGUGUGUGUGAGAGAGAGAGAGACAGACAGAGAGAGACACACACAGAGAGGGGGGUGUGCAACUGACUUAACUGUGACUCUGAAAUGCCCGGCCACGUGUUUUGGAGAGGGUUUACUUUCUUCCCCUGGUCCUCUUUUUGUAAGUCCUUGUGCAUAAAAUGUUUGGUUUUUAAAAAUAAACUCUUAAGUCUGCUUCAAACUGGCUC